AUGGCUGCGGGGGCCCGGCCGCCCUCGCCUCCCGUCCCCGCGGCCUCCUCGCCUCCGCCUCGCACUCGGGCCGCGGGCUCACAACCGCCCCGCGCGCGGCCCCGACCCCCGGGGAAGGAAGGGCCUGCUCGGGGCUCAACCGCCGCGGGGCGCAGGCCGCGGCCCGGGCCCCCGCUCCGCACCGUUGAGGUGACUCGCGACCCCGCCCGGGCCGGAGGAGGGGGCGCCGGGAAGACCCCUCGGGGCGGAAGCGAGCGACCGGCGAGGCGGCGGGGAGGAGUGCGGCGCGCCCGCGGGGUCUCUCAGCUCCGCACCCCCGGCAGCGGCGGCGGACACUGCGGCGGCGGAGGAGGAGGCGGCGGCGUCGGGGACGGCUCCGCGGCGGCUGCUCUAAUAGCAUUUAUCGGCCGCUGCCUCCCCUCUCGCCGCCGCCGCGGCAUGUGGACGCCGCUCAUUGGCCGAGAGCGCCCAGCGCGGCGCGGGCGGUCCGGCCCCGCCCCCUGGCGCGCCCCCGCGCCGCGCGCCCCCGCGCCUGGCCCCGCCCCCCCACGCGCGCCGUCCCAGGAACCCGGAUCGAGGCCGCCCGCGCACCCGCGCGCCCGCGCAGCAGAGACCGGCGCCCGCGCUUUGCGCGCUGCGGCCCGGCCGGGGCCGGGCGGGCUGGGCUCCCUGCCGCCGGGUUCCCCGGCCUCGCCGUCCACGGACGUGGGGGCAGCGGGGCUCACGGCGGGCCGCCCCGGGGUCUGCGCGGGGUCCAGUCCACCCCUGGGCUCCCGAGACGCGCGGGCCGUGUCCUUGGCUCGCCCCUCGCCUCGGCCGCUGGUCCGCCUCGGCGCCCUGACCUGUACCCCCGGAGCCCCGCGCGGGAGCCGCGCCCCGCGGCCCGGCGAGGGUGCGCCUUGGGCGGCCGCUGCGCCAGCCGGGCCGAGCGCGGGGGCGCCUGGCGCCGGAGCUGAGGUGCGGCUGCCCGGGAGCGUCCCCGUCCGCGCUGCGGGCCUGCGCGCUCCCGCGGCCCGAACCCCGCUGAGGUCGAGCCACGCUCGAAGGGAACGGCCGCGGGGGAGCAGCCGGACCACGGAGGCAGGACCCCCUCCCCCAAGCUCCGCUGCCCCUCGGGACCCCAUCCCUCGGGCCGAUGCCGAUCACGGGGCGCUGCCGGCCACGUCCGAUCUGUCAUUAUUUCCGAGGAGUGGAGGCUGCCUGGGAGCUCCCCAAAGUGCGGUAGACCUCAGCAGUGAGCUGCACCAAAUGCAGACAUGGCUGUCUGGGAGGCAGGUGCGACUCAAUGCAGCCACCCUUGUGGAUGACCAGGCUUCUUGA